GGCUCGAAAAUCGAACACGUUUCGUGCGCUCGGCGAGCGCGCGGAUACGCUGUCACUGGUUGUCACGUCGGCUGUGCUCAGCGUCACGACGGCGUCACGACGGUGGCAACAGCGACGACGACGUCAGGGCAGCAACAAAGACCAGCGACGCGGCGACGACUGGAAGAAACUGACCGUUGACGACGACGACGCUCGGUCCCGUCCUCGACACGCGACGCGGUUCGGUAGCGCAGCAACGAUCGUCGUCGACGUCGAUACUCACUCGAUUGACGGCCGAUCGUGCAUCGCCGAUAGCCGUACUUUCACGGGAGGCACAUGGCCACUACGGACGGCGUAUAAUUAGACGCGAGCUAGAAAGCGAAAAAGCACGAGAGCAUGAAACGUCGCGCAUACGGAGAGCGUCUUCCCUGCACUUCGGAGCACGCACCGUGAAUUGAGCGUGGUUUCACGGUAAUUAUUAAGUGUAAUCAGUUAGUGCUGCUAUGACCAAGUGGUGAUCGUUUGAUUUUGAUGACGCGCUUGAGUUGUUGACGUAUGAGAAAAUGAGAUACACAACACGUAAGGAUCAUGAUGGUUAGUGAUCUGUCGUGAAGUAUACACAUUUGAAAGCUGAACCAAUACAGCACACAGCGGCGGCAGACAUGUUUGGUUGUCCCAGAGAAGCUGUACGUGUCAAAGUUAAGAAAUGCGAAACCAGGCAUCAGCCCGAGUACCGGAAAUUCAGUGUGGAUCCUCAAAUAACAUCAAUAGAGGUGCUGCAAAGCAUCCUCAUCAAGGCUUUCGACAUAAAGGGGGAGUUCACCGUGUCGUAUCGUGCGAUCGACGAUUAUGGCUCGGAGACGUAUCUGUUCUUACUCUCGGACUGGGACUUAGACGCCGCGUUUAUCAGCGCGUCCGAGCCGUACCUCUAUCUGCAGGUGAACCUGAAGCCAUUCGGCGAAACCGGAGACUGCGAGUGCUACUGGGAGCAAAAUGCGCAGGAAGUUUCGACGCGUCAGCAGGAAACCGGGUUUCCUUACAAAACGCCGAAGCUGCCCGGCCUCAUAAUGAAUAAGAUGGAACGUACGUUGAACAUGGUGCAGCGUGCGUUGGGGAACCUCGGCGAGGAGUCGUCCCAUCAGCAGAGCGCUCAGCCCCCGCGGCCGUCGCUGACGGACGCCGAAUUCCGCCGCUUCCUGGACCCGAUCGGCCAAGUGGUGCACUCGAAGGAGCUACGGGCGGUCAUCUACUUCGGCGGGAUCGAGCCUAGUCUGCGCAAGGUCGUGUGGAAGCAUAUCCUGAACGUGUACCCGGAGGGUAUGUCGGGUCGCGAGCGGAUGGAUUACAUGAAGAGGAAGGCGCAGGAGUACCAGAACCUGCGCGAACGAUGGCGGGCUCUGGUGCAGAAGGGCCAGAACGUCGGCGACCUCGGCUACGUCACCGGCAUGGUGAGGAAGGAUGUCCUCCGGACGGACAGGCACCACAAGUUCUACGGCGGCUCGGACGACAACCAGAACACGGCGAGCCUGUUCAACAUCCUGACGACGUACGCCUUGAAUCACCCGAGCGUCAGCUACUGCCAGGGCAUGAGCGACCUGGCCUCGCCGCUUCUCGUCACGAUGCGGGACGAGGCGCAGGCUUACAUCUGCCUGUGCGCCCUUAUGCGACGUCUGAAGGAUAACUUCAUGCUCGACGGUAUCGCUAUGACCACCAAGUUCGCUCAUCUCGCUGAAGGUCUUCAGCAUUACGACCCCGACUUUUACGCGUACUUAAAAUCCCAUCAAGCGGACGAUCUGCUCUUUUGCUAUCGCUGGCUUCUGCUGGAGAUGAAGCGUGAAUUCGCACUGGACGACGCGCUCAGGAUGCUCGAGGUCUUAUGGGCGGCUCUGCCAGCCUCACCGCCGACCGGCGAGCUGGGCCUCGCCGAAGUACCCUUCCCACCGCCGUCGCCGCCGCCGAGCCCAAACGUGAAACAUAUCCGUGAGAACGCGUACACGAAGGUCUGCGCGAUCAGACGGCAGAGCUCCUCGGCCAGCAUCGCCGCCAACGUGAAGCGGAAAACCCUCAGCACGGAGGAGCCAGCUUUACAAUCAGCUACCGAGGUUAACGGAGAAACGAAAAGAUCCAGCUCGCCGUACGAGACGUUCUCCGAGCCGGAGAACGAUUUGACCAGCACGAAGAACAGGAGGAAUACCGAGUCGACGGAAAAGUGCCUAAGUACAGAUUCCCUUCCCGUCAGGACGAAACGCUCGAAUCUCUUGGAGCUGAAGGAGAGGCUGUCCACCUCGAACAAGGAUCAGGCUAAGAACAGCGAGCAGAACGACGCCGGUGAGAAGAAGUGUGCACGCGUGGUGAAGAAUCUGAACGAAUUCUUGAACUUCACCAGCCUCAAUCGUAGCAAAGUCACGCCGAGCGACGCCGAGCCCGAGCUCAGGCGUGUCUCGAGCGAAAGCGGCGUUAUCAGAGUGCUGAGGGACGAGCCGAGCUCGCCGGACGACCCCACGGACUUCUUCCCGAUGACCACGUCGAUGACCAGAGAGCUAAGACUGGAACUAGAGUCCUUGGAUAGGCAGGUGUUCGGACCGUCGCCGCCCAGCGAGUUGCAGUGCGACUGUGUUCUCUCGAAGAAGGAUAGCGACCUGGUGGAGAGCGAGACCGACACAGAACUGGCGAGGUGCAGCCCGGCGGCGGACGUGUUCGUGUGGGAAAAUCCGCUGCACACGUUGCAGCAGAAACAUCAUCCCACGACCCCGGACGAGCAGGCGGAGCUGGAAUACGACGGUGAAAUUUUGGAGGAUCAGAACGGCGUGAAGUCCGUCACGCCGAUCAGGCUGCUCAAACGUACCACCAGGUCCGAAUCAGCGUCGGACAGCGAGGGGACCGAGAGUUGGCAUCAGAACGCGGCCGUGCCGGAGAGCCCAACGAAGCAGCAGCCUAUCCAGGAACAAUGCGAGGAGGCAACGGAGCUGACUAAUCUCAUACCGGCAGGCACGAGUGAAGAUCAGCUGGGCGAAAGCUCAUUGCCGCCGCCGAGCGAAUUCGGCGGCGGCAACCCCUUCCUGAUGUUCCUCUGCAUCACCCUUCUGCUGCAGCAUCGUGACUUCGUCAUGAGAAACCAGAUGGAUUACAACGAGAUGGCGAUGCACUUCGACAAGAUGGUCCGCCGGCACAACGUGAUUCGUGUACUUAAUCAGGCGCGGCAGUUGUUCGCCGGUUACCUCAGAAGACAUUCCACCUCGGCCGGCUCGGCCGCCGCCAGCAAGCCGGACGUGAACGCGUAACUCUCUCCUAGCCGACCUCUGAAAGUAUCAAACGCGAAGUGCCGUCUCGAUGCGGCGGAAAAUCCAUCUUGAGCCGAGUGAAUGUUGACGACGAAUAUCACGAGAAUAUCAUGUCGCCGACUGGACCGGAAGGGAGAUUAGUUCGAUCACGGUGCUCUUCCGACGUCUCACGACGUUCGCAGGAUUCUUCGCAAUCUUGGAUUCCGACGAGCAUAUCGCGCGAGGAGUGUCUCUGAUUAAUCCGUCUCUUCUUCCUCGACUUCUUUCUUUCUCUUCUUAUCUUUAUCUUGCCUUUCUUUCUACGUACAAGCAGAAUACUUGUCAACUGAGGAUGGCUCUCGCCAAACUUCGAUUCACCCAAUCGACGAUUGAAGAUCGUCGUCAGUCAAGUGCCACCUGCUCGAUGGUUGAAAUUGUGAACUUUUCGAUUAUCGUUAAAACGACAAAUUGCGAAAUUGGAAAUCGGUGUUGGCGAUUCCAGUUAUUAUUCAUCCAUCCAAUCAGUUCAAUCUGAGCUUGGUGAAGGUCACCCUGAUAACCACAAAAAUCAUCGCAAAGAAAUCGUUGUAGGUAUUACAGGUGGUAAAUUCGACAACGAAUAAGUGACCAAUGUCUAAGAAAGCAAUAAAGUACGUCGUACGCAAAAGUAUCAAACCGUUUCGCGGAAAUAACGUUCCGAAAAAGUAAGUCCCGUCGCAUUAGGACGGAGGAAGGGCGAUUGAUCAGAGACAAACCCGCCCGUACUUAUCUACCAUCUCGUAACACUCCCGUUACUACCGGUGUCAGAGUUCUCUCGUACUUCGCAUGAACUUAGAACAGACGGAUCCGCGACUGAAAGGAAGAAGCUCGGAAUACAACGAUCGGAAGCGCUUUACUUAAUCCGCGAAUGGCACGCGUAGCUCCGUUCGCGCGCACGCACGUCAUCACUCCAUCUCACGCAGUGUUGUAACGGAUACAUUUUUUUUAAGUAACUAGAUACCGAUACUGAGAGGGAAAUGUAAGUGCAUACAGAUAUAAAUUUAAGGUAAAUAAAUAUAUAUAUAUAUAUAUAUAUAAAUAUUUCAAAAUAAAUCAUAAUUUUCAUC